GGGGAGUGUUGCGAGAAAGAUUGACUGAAAGCCUCGAGGCCGCCGUGGACCGUUCUCCACUGCCGAAGCCCGCACGAUCAUCGUCCACCAUGUCCGCCAGCAGCACAGAUGAGAGGUCAGCGCUCCUACAAUUCCCAGGCCCUUCACCGUCCGAUCAGCGAGACAUCCAGCCUCUUACAGAUGCGUACAAGCAGUUCUGCCAUCUCGUCGGCAAUCGCCCAACAGAUUAUCCACCUGGCAAGACAUAUUACCCGCCCGAGGAUUCUCUCUACUACCGAGCGGUCCAACAUCGCAGAUCACAAGGAAGGAUGUACGCGCUCACCUCGGCUUUGAUCAACACAAUGCUUCUCACGCAGGUGGUGUUGGGAGCUGCAUUGACGGGAAUGGGAGCGAGCAACUCACCCGGGUGGAUCAUCACUGUCAUUGGAGCAUUGAAUACUAUCAUCGCCGGACUUGUGGCGUUCAUGAAGUCACGCGGACAGCCCAUGCGAGCAAGGAUGUUUCGAGAUGAUUUGGAGCGUGUUGUAGAUGAGAUCCACAGCUCGGCGAUCAUGUGGAGAGGAAUCAGCCAGGGCAUUCAUGGCUACGAUGCCAUCGAUACUGAUGAGUCUGUAACUGUGAGGAGUGAGGUUGCAAGGCUUACGAGGCUUUACGAUCGAGCUGUCAAGACGAACACCAUCAAUGAUCCGGAUUAUUACGGCGGAGCAGGUGUUGGUAGUGAUCCAUCAAAUUCUGGCCUCCGAAGUCGACCUGGACUGCCAGCUCUGCCUGUAGCGCCAGCGCCAGCCACAGCUCCUGUCGUCGAUGGUAAUCCGGCACCGGCUCAUGCUGCAGUCCCCUUGCCAGACCCAGACGAAAGUCCCGCUACGAAAAGACCUCUUCCCUCCAAGAAUGAUACGCCAACGACAGGCGCCGCGAAGCCAACUGAACAGGAACCUCCGAAGGAUGCAGUAGGCGCUCCAGCGACUUUGCCGGAUGGUGACUCGUCCACCGCUGCAGAUCCUCCAGAUCCACGACCUCCCAAUGUAGCACCUGCGCCAGAGAGUGCGCUAGUGGGCGCAGCAGCCAUCACCGAUCCCGACGAGAGUCCAGCUAGCGCGGCAAGACCGCCAGGAGUGGAACGGACCAAGUCGAACAAGCAGACCACCAAAGUUACAAAGGAUCUUUCACGGGACUCAGAGCAGGCUGUGGGCGGAGCGUGGAGUCAUCCUUGUUGA